AUGUGUGCCUGGGGAAACAACAACGAGGACUGGAACUUUGACAUGCCGUCAUUGGUAGAACCAGCGCGCUUUGGUGGCGGCGACGGAGGAAAUAUCCCACCACCGCGUGGAGCAAGAUUUGAGGCUAGCCAAGGCCUCAGCAUGGGCGCGUUUCCAGGAAUCGUAGAAAGUGGUUGGGGAGUUAGGCCCGGUACACCUCAUCCUCGACAACAAGUACCGCCAGGUUGGGAUUAUCAAGCACCACCACCACCCCAUAGCGCUCCGGGAGCCUUCUACCAUCCUAAUUUACCUCAUCCCUCACAAAUGCCGGCUCAUUACAACAACAUGCACUCACCAUGGGCGCACGCUCACGGUCAAGGUCAAUCGACGUUCACACCUCGGGAAGAUGGAUUUUCAAGCUUAGCGUGGAGACCGCCGGACUAUGACAUGGAUCGUGCUUCGUACGUAGAAUAUGGCGGAGGCGCCUACGCUAAUGGUUAUGGUCGAGGUCCUCCACCUGGCAGUGCUCCGCCUCGUAUUGGGCUUGGGCUUGGAUUUGAAGCAGGAGGGGGGAGUGAAAAUCCGUAUACAGACCAGCCUAUGAACUCCGGAGGAUACUUUGCCAACGCCGGUCGUCAUCAUCGGUCAAAUUCUCGAAAUCACUCACGUUCGCGUCAAAGACAGGAACCCAGGGAGGAUGCAUAUGGUUGGGGCGCGGAACCAGCGGGCGCAUGGGGCGAAGAUCAGCUAGAUGAAGAGGACGAGGAGGAAGAAGGAAUGCGUCGUGCGAGAGCGGAUUUGAUGCGAAGCAUGGAUCGUGGACACGAGAAUGCGACUUCGGGUUCUGCAGACUGGGAUCUCAUAGAUUCAUUCAGUGGAAUGGGAAUUCAGGAUGGCCAACGCGACCGCUCGAGACAUCGGGGUCGUUCGCGCUCUCGUAGUCGGCACCCAGACAGGCACAGGCGGAAGUCUGCAAUGAAACGGUCUUAUUCGAACGACAUGGCGCCACAGGCAUCGACAAAUUUCAAUAUGGAACCGCCCAGAUCUAGAGAAAGGAUGGAUAGAUUGGCAUGGCCAAGCCAAGAUAGCCCGUACGGCUCUAAUAAUCGACUCGUAGAAAACCAAAUAUACGGUCCUCAAGACCGAGUCAGACGACCGAGAGACUGGCGAGCUGAAUACUCUGUCAAACCCAACAUCUUUACCCGUUUCUCUCCUCGUCAAUGGCAUAGCUCAGACGUCAUUGAGAUGAAUGAUCCAGUCAAACGCGUCCCUAACUCGCUCUUGCACCGCACAUCCUCCUCCCACCCCCCUACGUUCAUUGAUCUCCGGAUUCCCAUCCAAACUCAAAUGCAACUGCACGCCGAACAACGUACUCAUUUCGGACAUGGCAGCGGGGGAAUUUUCCCUUACCUCAACCGCCCUCCUAAUAGUAUUGAUUUCGCACAAAUGGCAUGCGAACCUGCGUCUCCGCAUAUGCGGUUAUAUCAUCCGAGGUUGCCGUGGUAUAUUGACCUUAUGUCGGCGUCUGCUGUUGCAGCCAGUCGAGCAGGCGCAGGUCCGAGCACACCGGGAUUUGGGGUCGGGUAUGGUGUUAUUGGGUUGACGGUCUGGGAGGUCAUCGAAGGCGUGUGGAGGGAACUGCAAAAACAGAUCACGAGUAGAGAUUUUUAUAAUGAGGAAAUGGGAACUGUCAUGACCGGAGGAAGGACUCGAAGUACGAGCUUGACAUCACAUUCACCAUUUUCAUCACAUAUGCCUCUGACACCUUUAUCGUCGAAUUCCGCACUUCCUUUAUCUCCUGGUCACGGCUAUGACAUGUACGGACAACCACAGCCUCAACCAACUCAGACAGCUCGGGAUCUAGUAUCGAUGGCAUUCCGUUCACGGUGCAAAUUUGUCGGACAAGAGCUUUUUGGGGACUCGAAGCGCGCGAAGCUUGAUUUUGGGCAUUUCGGUGAAGGGGAGGCGAGGGAAAUGAGUAAGGGUGUGAGAAGGGUUGAUUGGUUGGGGAUGGAGGAAGAGUGGGUGUGGACUGGAAUUGUUAGAAAGAGUUCAGGGAUGUGGGAGAUUAAAACGAGGAAGGCAUGA